AUGUUCAUGUCAGAGCCUUCACUGCAAGAAAGCAUCAUGGUCAUCAACAUACGUUCCAUGCAUCUAGCGAGCCUCACAGCUCCGCUUCACCUCCUCUCCUACUCAGCGCUUCUGGGCACGCAACUCUACCAGACCUUCAUCGUAACGAAGAUCUGCUACGAUGCGUUGCCCAGGUCGGCCUUCACCACCCUCCAAAAACGCCUAUUCCCCAUCUAUUUCCGCGUCCAGUCGUUGCUGUUACUCUUGACAGUAGUGACGGUUCCUCCCCAAGGCCCGCUCACACUGGUGGCGAAUAAAGCGGCGUGGAUCCCCUUCACCAUCGCGGGUGUCACGGCGCUCUUGAACUUGAUGGUCUACGGACCGCGAACGCGGGACAUCAUGAUCGAGCGGGUUCACCAAGCGACGAGGGAUGCAAGAAACCCGGACGACGUGACGGAGGUCAGCAUGGAAAUGCAGAAGUUGAAUCGGACGUUCUCCCGCAAUCACGCCAUGAGCAUACACUUGAACCUCAUCUCGAUCGGUGCCACGCUUUUCUGGGGUUGGAGACUGGCCUUGCGGUUGGAUUUCAGCUAA